UGUCGGGCCGCUCGAGACGGUCACGCCCCGGCACGGGCCGACGUUAUAAAGGGGCGGCGGCCGGCGGCCGGCGAGCUACUGCACCUGGGACGCCGGCACCAUGCACUUCGCCGUGACGCUCGCUCUGCUGACGCUCAGCGUACCAGCUCUCGGCCAGGAGAGCUUCCUCUGCCCGGACGACCUGCCCGGCUUCUUCCCGCACGAAUUCAGCUGCGAUAAGUACUGGAGCUGCCUGGCCGGCCAGUCGGAGCUCAUGACGUGCGGCAACGGCCUGGCGUUCGACGACACCGACCCCACCUACGAGCGCGAGAACUGCGACUACCUGCACAGCGUCGACUGCGGCAACCGCACGGAGCUCGAGCCGCCUAUCUCGUCGCCCAAUUGCCCGCGCCUCUACGGCAUCUUCGCCGACGAGUUGAACUGCAACACGUUCUGGUCGUGCUGGUCGGGCGAGGCCAAUCGCUACGAGUGCCCGCCGGGCCUGGCGUAUGACCGCGACCAGCGCGUCUGCGUCUGGGCCGACAAGGUGGCUGCCUGCAAGGACGAAGAGGAAGAGGGCCGUUUCGAGUGUCCCGCCAGGAGCAGCGGCAUCGGCACUUACUCGCUGUACGCGCACCCGGACGACUGCCGACUCUACUACGUGUGCAUGAAUAACGCGCCACGCGAGUACGGCUGCCCGCUGGGCACCGUCUUCAAGAUCGGUGACCUGGACGGCACGGGCCGCUGCUCCGACCCGCUGGAGGUAGAGGGAUGUGAGGAAUAUUACGGCGACGUCGACAUCAACGCCUUGAGGGCACUCGGCUUCUAGUUUUGUGGCUCUCAGAGGCUGCGCGGAAGUUCCCGUUUGGUUCAUGAGCGAACACCUCUAGUCCAAGUGCCGCUGAGUGGUCCUGAUGCCUCUCACAUGAGGAAGCCUCGGCUACAGGCCUACCCAGCAUAGUGACGAGGCGGAUCAGAGAAAGACUCGGCUGCCUUUCCACCAGUGCCGGCGAUGCUCGCUAGAAGCGUACGGCAGUGCAGUGGUUAGGAAAUGACAGGCAAAAGCCAUUCGUAAUUGGUGUCUACGUCGGAUCGCGCGUUACACUCCUCACUUGCUAUUUUAAAGACGUAUUUUAUUGUUCGAAGCGUCAACAUAACCGUUUCGACGAAAAAGCAAGAUGCCUUCGUGCCGACAUGGGGUUUCCCCAUGCAUGUAUGACUAUAAGAGACACUUAUGAAACAUAAGGCAAGCAGUCGCUUUCGCCAUGCAAAAGCGACUGUUCUUUUGCUUUUUACAUCCAGAGUCGUCUUCGAUAAAAACAACGUCCCUCUUCAACCAAACUUUAUCCGCUAGCUAUUUCAAGUGGUUUAAAAUACGCACGACGGGGUGCUUUUGUCGUGAAUGGUAUGCGGUAGCAACGACAGCGUCCUCUGACUUGAUGCAAUUGUCUUCACCUCCGCCAAUCUACGUUCGUACGCUUGUUAGUGAGAAGCAAUGAGCCAUGUAUCAUGUCAACGAAUGCGAUAGCAUGCUACUUGCGACGCGGCGCCCCCAGCUGCAGCCUCCGUCGUCCGAGGCCGUGUGGUCGGCUCGGCCAUGGUCGAGGCGUUUCCCGUCCCCAGCGCGCGCAGACCAGGCUCUCUAACGGCUUUGUGUGGGCCCCCACCGCUCCGUACUUCAGCGCUGUUUGUCUGUGUCACGUGCAUGUGAAUUCAAUGCGUCGUGAUAGAUGUAGGAGGCCGGUGUGUGUCUGUGAAGUUGUCAACCUGCUCAAAAAGCUUGUCUGGUGUGCGCAUCGCAAUCACUACCUAGGUCAAUAAACAUCGCAUUAGACGAUGA